UAGUCAGAAUUGAGUCGGCAAUGUGAUUAUGUAAUAUAGCCGGAAGAAUACAUUGUCACGUGAUAAAAUCUCUAUCGGUCAUAAUUAGGGCUUAGGGCUACCCGAGUACUCUACGCGUCUGUCGCGUCUGGUCGCGUCGCCGCGGAACGGGCAGUUGGUUCAUGAGUUAGAGAGCCGGAAGGUAUCGUGACAAGGUAACCAACACGCCGGGACACCAGGACGCAGUCAUGCCUCAUUCAGUAUCAGGGAAUAGCUCGCCUCGUCGAGAGGGCGAAGAUGAUGUCCUCCCGGACGCACCCCCAGCGGAGACCUCGAACGAUCAGACUCAAGGGGAAUCGGAGGGCGAACGCGCAGAGGAUGCAAAGGCCGGAGUACCACUUCAGGACCUCUUUAAUGACGAUGACGAUGACGACGAUGAAUUUCCUGCAUCAAGUGCGCCAGAUAACAAAAAUGGGAACUCGUCCAUGCAACAGCCUACAAUCACUCCUGUCCCCGCAGCUCAGAAGGUGGAUACAGAAGUCAUGCUCGCGUUCUAUCAACGAUUAUUCCCUUUCAGAUACAUAUUCCAAUGGUUGAACCAUGGCAUCAUACCGUCGCGCGACUUCGGCAAUCGAGAGUUUGCGCUCACGCUGCAGAACGAAGCGUACCUGCGAUAUCAAUCAUAUGCAACGGCUGAUCUGUUUCGUAAAGACAUUCUCAAAAUGAACCCUUCCCGUUUCGAAAUCGGGCCUGUCUAUAGCACGAAUCCUCGUGACCGAAAGACGCUACGCGGCGGCCAGAUGAAACCCUUAUCAAAGGAACUAGUAUUUGAUAUCGAUUUGACCGAUUACGAUGACAUUCGUACCUGCUGUACAAAGGCGAAUAUCUGUGGGAAGUGCUGGGCGUUUGUCACAAUGUCCAUCAAAGUGGUGGAUGCCGCCCUGCGAGAGGACUUUGGAUUCGAGCAUAUCAUGUGGGUUUACUCAGGUCGGCGUGGUGCUCACGCAUGGGUCUGCGACCCGCGAGCCCGCAACCUGCCUGAUGACAGACGAAGAGCCAUUGCGGGUUACCUCGAGCUCGUCCGCGGAGGAUCCCAGAGUGGAAAGCGAGUGAACCUGAAGCGACCAUUGCAUCCGCACAUCGCACGCAGUCUUGAGAUCCUCAAACCAUAUUUUGCGCAAACAACCCUUGUUGAUCAGGAUACUUUUGUCAGCUCAGAGCAAGCAGAUCGACUUCUUGCCCUUCUGCCAGAUAAGACCCUCAACGAUGCGCUCCGCAAGAAGUGGGACUCAGCACCAGACCGGCCCAGCACGAGCAAAUGGGCCGAUAUUGACGCUCUCGCAAAGACAGGAAAGAGCAGUACCCUGAACCCAGCCGCUCUGCGAGACGCAAAGCAGGACAUCGUCCUUGAAUACACCUACCCACGACUGGACGCUGAAGUCAGCAAGAAGAUGAUCCAUUUGCUCAAGAGCCCUUUCGUCAUCCACCCAGGAACCGGACGUGUCUGUGUCCCCAUCGAUGGCCGCAAAGUGGAUGAAUUUGACCCCCUCUCCGUCCCCACGGUAUUAGACCUUCUAUCCGAGAUCGACGCCUAUGACGCCCAGCAUCCAGCCGGCACCAACUCCGACAUCCCCGAAGGCGAUGGAAGCACGCAACUCGAUUCCGACACUAGAGGAGGACGAAAACUACAAGACUACGAAAAGACCAGCCUAAAACCAUACAUUGACUAUUUCCGCUCGUUCAUCGCGGGCCUGAUCAAGGAAGAACGAGUCGGCAAGCGUGAGCGCGGUGAUGACGCACCAAAAAGCGGACCAGACGCAAUGGAGUUUUAGAUCUUCAUUUACUUUCUUCUUCUUGUUUAUACACAGUCAUAAUGGGUUCAGGGAAUUGGGUCUAAAUUUGGAUCCCCCUAUUCACAACGAGUCAGGAAUUAAAGGGCAAGCAAUGGCGUUUUAUGGGAGUUGGAUCGGGUUCUUUGUAUCUCAAUGAAUCCAAUUAUGGUAUUAUCAUAUAUGCAAACGAAUCGAGAAAUGAG